UACCGCUUUAGUCUCAUGCAAAACAACAAAUACACGUUAACAGGAAAAAAGAAAAAAAAAACCCCACUGCUGAAAUCAAAUGGUUUCUUCCAUGUUGACACUGAUAAGCAGCAAAGUGAAAGUAAAAUUCUUAGGAGCCAUUUUCUCUUCAAAGUAACUGCGUCACGUUGCGUGCCAGUAGUAAAGAUCAGCGGAGGAGAUCAGACUACUCAGAUGCACCAUCAGCAGAACCAUGAGGACAGAAUGAGUCAUGUACAAAAAUCCAAAGAUGGAGAUUGUUCUCCAGAAUGCAGUUCAGUAUUACAGAAGAGAUCAGAUUCUCCAGAGCCCAGCUGUGUGUCCAUGAAGAGUGACCAGUCUAUGGAUCCUGUACCCGACCUUAAGGGUGGAGACACACCGCCAAAUCACAGUUCAGUCCAGCAGAAGAGAUCAGAUUCUCCAGAGCUGAGCUUUGUGUCCAUGAAGAGUGACCAGUCUAUGGAUCCUGUACCCGACCUUAAGGGUGGAGACACACUGCCAAAUCACAGUUCAGUCCAGCAGAAGAGAUCAUAUUCUCCAGAGCUGAGCUUUGUGUCCAUGAAGAGUGACCAGUCUAUGGAUCCUGUACCCGACCUUAAGGGUGGAGACACACCGCCAAAUCACAGUUUGGCUCAGCAGAAUAAAUCAGAUUCACCAGAAUCCGUGAAGAGUGACUGGUCUCUAGAUCGUCGACCCCAUAAGAGUGGAGACACACCGAAAAAUCUCAGACAUCACUCUAAUCAUGCUGAAGUCCUCAAAACAUUUAGAUCAAAUCUGAGGAAGAAGUUUGAGUGUCUGUGUGAGGGAACAGGAAUGCAGAGAAACCCAACACUCCUGAAUGAGAUCUACACAGAGCUCUACAUCACAGAGACUGAGAGUGGAGACAUCAGUAAUGAACAUGAGGUGAGACAGAUUGAGACACAAUCCAGGAGAUCAGCAACAGAGGACACACCGAUCAAAUGCAAUGCCAUCUUUAGACCUUUACCUGGACAAGACAAACCCAUCAGAACUGUGCUGACAAAGGGAGUCUCUGGCAUUGGAAAAACAGUCUCUGUGCAGAAGUUCAUCCUGGACUGGGCUGAAGAGAAAGACAAUCAGGACGUCCAGCUCAUAUUUCCACUUCCUUUCAGAGAGAUCAAUCUGAUGAAGGACAAAACACUCAGUCUUUCAGAGCUUCUUCAUGUCUUUUUCCCUGAAACUAAAGAAAUGGAAAUAUCCAGUGACAAAUAUAAAGUGUUGUUCAUCUUUGAUGGUCUGGACGAGUGUCGUCUGUCUCUGGAUUUUCAGAGCGAUGUGAGGUUGCGAGAUGGGAGUGAAUCAGCCUCAGUGGACGUGUUGUUGACGAACCUCAUUGUGGGGAAUCUGCUUCCCUCGUCUCUCAUCUGGAUCACCUCCAGACCAGCAGCAGCCGAUCUCGUCCCGUCUGAGUGUGUCCAUCGAGUGACAGAGGUACGAGGCUUCAAUGAUCCACAGAAGGAGGAAUACUUCAGGAAGAGAGUCAGUGAUCAGAGUCUGGCCAAUACAAUCAUCACACACCUGAAGUCCUCAAGGAGCCUCUACAUCAUGUGCCACAUCCCAGUGUUCUGCUGGAUCUCAGCCGCUGUUCUGGAGAAGAUGAUGAGCGAAGCAGAGAGACGAGAGAUUCCCAAGACUCUCACUCAGAUGUACACACACUUCCUGAUCCUUCAGACCAACAUCAAACAUGAGAAGGACUAUGAGAAGAAGGUGACGGAUGAAGACCUGAUCCUCAAACUGGGGAAACUGGCUUUUCAGCAGCUUGUGAAAGGCAAUGUGAUCUUCUAUGAGGAAGACGUGAGAGAGUGUGGCAUUGAUGUGACAGAAGCAUCAGUGUACUCAGGAUUGUGCACUCAGAUCUUCAGAGAGGAGUUUGGCUGGUAUCAGGGGAAAGUCUUCUGCUUUGUUCAUCUGAGUGUUCAGGAACAUCUAGCAGCUCUAUAUGUGCAUCUCUUUUAUAAAAACAACAGCUCACAGGUUUUCUCUAGGGAGUGUUCUGUCUUAUCCAUGUUUCUGAAGUAUACUUUAUCAGAUGUACAUCAGAGAGCUGUGGAUGAGGCUCUACAGAGUAAAAAUGGACAUCUGGAUCUUUUCCUGCGGUUUCUUCUGGGUCUGUCACUGGAGUCUAAUCAGAUUCUCCUACAAACACUAAUGAAACAGACGAGAACAUCUGACAGCAAUGAGGGAACAGUUGAGUACAUCAAGAAGAAGAUCAGGACCAUCGACUCUCCAGAGAAAUCCAUCAAUCUGUUCCACUGUCUGAAUGAACUGGGUGAUCGUUCACUAGUGGAGGAAAUACAACAGUAUCUGAAAUCUGGAGGAAUAAAGGAAGUCGAACUCUCUUCAUCUCAGUGGUCAGCUUUAGUCUUUGUGUUGUUGACAUCAGAGGAGAAGCUGGACAAGUUUGAUAUUAAUGAUUUUGUUGAAAGAGGCAAUAAAACUGAACAACUAAAGGCUCUUCAGAAGCUGCUUCCUGUGAUUAAAGAAUCCAGAUCAGUUAAGUUGAGGAAUUGGGAUCUCACAGAAGAAGGUUGUGCUGCUUUGGCUUCAGCUCUGAUAUCAAACCCUGAACACCUGAGAGUACUGGAUCUGUCUGAGAAUAAAAUAGGAGAAUCAGUGAAUCUGCUGUCUCCUGUACUACAGAAUCCUCUCUGCAAACUGGAGAUACUGAGGUUGAGGAAUUGUGGCGUCACAGAAGAAGGUUUAGCUGCUCUGACUUCAGCUCUGAGAUCAAACCCUGAACACCUGAGAGAUAUUGAUCUGUCUGGGAAUAAAAUCGGAGAAUCAGUGAAUCUGGCUGAUGUACUACAGAAUCCUCGCUGUAAACUGGAGAAACUGUGGUUGGAUGAUUGUGAUCUCACAGAAGAAGGUUGUGCUGCUCUGGCUACAGCUCUGAGAUCAAACCCCUCACACCUGAGGAAACUGAAUCUGUCAAAGAGUAAACUAGGAGAUUCAGUGAAACUUCUCUCUCCUUUACUGGAGGAUCCUAGCUGUAAACUGGAGACACUGUGGUUGAGUAGGUGUGGCAUCACAGAUGAAGGCUGUGCUGCUCUGGCUUCAGCUCUGAGAUCAAACCCCUCACACCUGAGAGAACUGAAUCUGUAUGAGAAUGGUUUUGGACAUUCAGGAGUGAAGUUGCUCUCUGAUCUGAAGGAUGAUCCACAUUAUAAACUGAAUGAACUAAUCUAUGACUCUCAGCGUUUACACGUCAGUCGAUUUCUUCAGCAUCGGCUGAUGGACUUUCAUCGUUCAGACAUCAGUUCAGGUUCUUCAGGAUCAGAUGAUAGUGAAUUAAGAGCCGCUACAGAGACUAAAGACACAGAGUCACACAGCGAUCACACUGUCAAUUGUGACUUUGUAAUGUAACUAUUUUCUUGUGUCUUUCUCUUGAUGAAAGUUUUUUUUUAAGCAAAGAAUUGUCUUUUUUUUGUCUUACCAGCAGAGGGCGAUAAAAGCUGCACAUUAUUAUGUCCCGAGCACGGAUGGUGUGAUGAUGACCCACCCCAGUGAAAUUGCUCCGUUUAUGUUUUAAUUUUUUCUAGUACAUUUUCAAGUGAUGCGAUAAAGAUGGAUGCUUCAAAAAGCACAAAACCUGUAUUAUUCCCAUUACACACACAGUGUUUGGUGUAACUGUGAUUUCUAAAAAAUCACAUUCCUCUUCACCUAUACAAAACAAUAUUGCAAGUAUGGUGGGAUUUUCUGUCACAUAGUGUAUAUCGGGGGAAAAAUACAUUCAACUAUUUAAAGCUGUUUAAAUGGUUAGUUCACCCAAAACAUGAGAAAAACAAUGUCAUCACUUACUUGUCAUUCAUCUAUGAAACACACACGAAGAUAAUUGUAUUGAAAUUUGAGAGAUUAAAAAAAAAAUGUAAAGUUACACAUCAGAAAACAGAAAAAUAAAAAUACUUUUAGAUGUUUAUUUGCUAUUUGGAGCACUGGGGUCGUUAGACGAGGGCUUGAUGAACUUAUUUUUGUGAAAACCUCAAAUUCAACUCAAAUGUUUGUUUUGCCUGUAGCUCGUAAUGUAAUUAGCCCGUGCGCAUUCCGACCUAGUGUGCCACACAUCCUGAAUAAUGAAGCCAAAACGAUUAGAUCGCCUCCAGGUGGUUGGUCCCAUUAUAUAAAAUUCAGUCUGAGGCCCCGUUUACACGAAGGGAAAACGCAGAUAUUUCCCUGCGGUUUGGCCUC